AUGCUUGCUUAUGGUGUUUUUCUUAUUCAGUUUAAUACCCUGGAGAUUAGGGAUCAAGUAUUGAAUGGAGGUUAUAUUUUCUUUAACAAACGCCCAGUGAUCAUGAAUCCGUGGGAUCCUAACACAAAUUUCAGGAAAGAGGAUGUUAAACAGGUACCUAUAUGGGUGCAACUUGAGGACCUUGAGCUCAAAUACUGGGGCCAGAAAUCACUCUUCAAGAUUGUUUGUCAAGUUGGUAAUCCGAUUAUGGUAGAUAGUGUUACAAAGGAGCGGGAAAGAUUGAACUAUCCAAGGGUUCUAAUCGAGGUUCAGAUGAAUCAACAGCUUCCGAAUAUGUUGGAAUUCGAAGAUGAGUUUGGAUCGAAUUGUCUUGUGGGGAUUCAUUAUGAAUGGAAGCCUAUUAUUUGUUCAAACUAUUCUGGUUUAGGCCAUAAAAUCGAGGACUGCAGGAAUGUUAAUAAGGCAAAACAGGAAUGGGUCAUUAAAAAAGAUCAUAGGAAAACACAACCUGUUAUAGAUGCUAAUGGUUUUCAAGAAGUGAGCAAAGGAAAAAGAGUUCAAGAUCAUGGGCAGACUUCGACUACAAAGGUUGAGAAUGGGUUCCAGGUACUGGCUAAUAAUGAAGAGUUGGAGAAUGUUGAAUGUGAGCUUGUUGCAGCAUGGUUCGAACCUAAUGCAGCAGCUUGGCAUCAAGGGUGUAAGAUAAUGAUUGCGUGGGAUCCUAGCAAAUUUGUUGUUGAUAUUCUCAAAUGCACUAGUCAAUUAAUGAAUGUGAGAAUUUCUGUAGCUGAUGGUAGUUUAAAUAGCCAUUUGACAGUGGUUUAUGGGGCCAAUGAUAAUGAAGGAAGGAGACUCUUAUGGGCUGAUCUGUGUGGUUUGAGAACUAAGGAAAAUUGGCUUAUAAUGGGGGAUUUCAACGCCAUUUUAGCCAAAGAAGAAAGAGUGGGACAUAGAGUUUGCUAUCAUCCUGAUACAAACUUUAUACAAUGUGUUCAACAAUGUCAACUUGAAGAUGUUAAAACAAUAGGCUGCUACUUUACAUGGUCUAAUAAACAGCAAGGAAGAGACAGAAUAUGUUCAAAGAUUGAUCUAAUCUUAGCCAAUCAAGGGUGGCUGGACCAGUAUCCAAAUGCUGAGAUCAAUAGAGAAGGGUUCUCCGAUGUUCAGGCCUUGUUUGAACAAGCAAAAGCUGGACUCAAUGAACUACAAGAUAAGCUGCAACAAGACCCUUUGAAUACUGAUUUACAUGAAGCAGAAUUAAAUGCCCGAGAGAAGUAUAAUGCGGCAUUUAAGAAUUACUUCUACUUUCUCCAGCAGAAAGCCAAGGCUGCUUGGAUUCAAAAAGGGGAUAGCAACUCAGUUCUCUUUCAUGCAAGCAUCAGGCAGAGGCAGAGACAAAAUCAAAUCUUGUCUAUUGUUAGAGAAGAUGGAGUGCGUGUUACUGAGCCUAACAAAUUACUGAGGUCUUCAUCAACUAUUACAAGUCCUUGCUUGGGUCCCAAAUGA